CAUUUCCUCAAGACCUCCACACGAGAAGGUUUCCACCGACAGACUUUCAAUAUCAUAUAAAAAUCCGACAGAGUCGCAUUCAUUUCGUAAUUCUACGCUCAGUCGAGUCCAAUCCGGAGUUAGUCAGAGCCAUGUACAGUCCCCACAUCGCCCUCCUGUCGACCGUGCAGGCCAGCACCACCCGCACCCGGGCCCGAUUGCGCUUCCGUCGCCGCCCCUCAGACACCACCUUCACGGACCCCCGCGUCGAGCAGCUGAUCGUUCACCGCGCUCUCCUGGAGCACAUGCUCCAGCAGAAGGAGCACUACGACCACGAACGAGACCUGGAGCAGCAGAGGCUGGAGCGGUUCCGAUGCGAGGGCGCCAACGAGCGGCGCCUCCAUGUGCAGGAACAGGUGGUAAAGAAGGCAACGGCCAUGCUGCCGGGGAUUGUGUUCAAGAUGCGCAACCAGGUGGACAAGCUAAAGCGCUUCCUUGAGGCCGACCAGGACCAGGAGCUGCCGCAGCUGGACGCAGGUCUCUACACCACCUGCAACCAGCUACUGAAGACCUGCCAGAAUACCCUCGACAAUCCACUGUGAGUGGCUGUCCCCAACCAAGUGACCUUAAAGAUCUCCAGAAGCUCGAGGACAUCCCACUACGAUUGCAUUUCAUUUACCCAUACAGACCCAUGCGUUGAAGUCGUCUGGAAAAAGUUCCCAAAUUUUAAUGUAAACCGAGAAGUGCAAAAAAAAAAAAUUGUAAAAUUCCAAACAAAGUUAGUCCACUAUUUUAUCCCAUCGUUCGCUAAUAAAAUAUAAUUAGUCGGAA